UUUUCUGUUUGACUUCAGUGUGAUUAGAUCAAGCUUGAAGUGAUCUUCAAUCUUUUGUUAAUAUAUCAUUAAUUGAAAACCUUCACUUAAGCGAUGAAUACACCGGGCACAAGUGUAUCAGGUUACGUUCUUCUCCUGACAAUUCAGUUUGUGUUUCUCGUAGUAUUUGGAAUUUGCACAGGGUAUGAUGAUGAUCUACGCCCUAGAAAUGGAACGCAAGCGGAGGAAGGUUUCAUUAUCCCGAAAUAUCCACAUUUUCAAGAUAUUCACGUAAUGAUUUUCAUCGGUUUUGGAUUUCUGAUGACCUUUCUAAAGCGCUACGGAUACAGCGCAACCGGAUUGAAUUUAUUUGUUGCUGCUUUAUGCGUUCAAUGGGCAAUUUUAAUGAGAGGAUUCUUCGAUAUGGAAAAUGGAAUAAUAAAAUUAUCUUUAGAUGACAUAAUUGGCGCAGAUAUUGCUACUGCUAGUGUUCUUAUCAGCAUGGGCGCUUUACUGGGCCGAAUCACUCCUAUUCAAUUGCUUAUUAUGGGCCUUUUUGAAAUUGUUCUGUUUGCUACAAAUGAGUUUUUGCAAAUAGAACUUAUGAAGAUUGUGGAUAUUGGCGGUUCUAUAACAGUUCAUGCUUUCGGUGCUUACUUUGGUUUAGCGGUGAGUUUUGCAUUGAGACCAACAAAAGAAAAUGCAAAGGCCGGAGAACUCGAAGGCGCUUCUUACACUUCAGACAUUUUUGCAAUGGUUGGCAGCGUUUUCCUUUGGAUAUUCUGGCCAUCAUUUAAUUCUGCCCUUGUUGAUGGUCCCGAACAAGAACGAGCAAUUUUACACACUUAUUUAUCUUUGGCUGCAUGUACAGUCACAACCUUUGUUGUCUCGGCUUUGGUUAGCAAGGAUAAUAAAUUAGAUAUGGUUCACGUUCAGAAUUCAACGCUUGCAGGCGGAGUAGCAGUUGGAUCUGUAGUGAAUUUAUUGAUUCAUCCUGUUGGUGCUGUUGUUAUUGGAACUGUAGCUGGUGCUUUGUCCGUCGUUGGAUAUCGCUAUUUAAGCCCGAAAAUGCUCGAGAAAGGGCGCAUAGCAGACACGUGUGGAGUUCAUAAUCUCCAUGGGAUGCCAGCAGUUGCUUCUGCCAUUUUCUCUGCAAUUUUUGCUUACUUUGCAACUAAAGAUGCCUACGGCGAUUCUCUCUACACCAUUUUUCCCGGAAUGAAAAAUUCAUCCAUGGAAGAAGGCGAACAUGAAAUAAUUAUUGGGGGUUUCGGACGCUCGUCACAACAGCAAGCGGGCUAUCAGUUACUCGGAAUUCUCAUCACACUCAGCAUUGCCAUCGUGGGUGGAUUGUUUACAGGUCUCGCACUCAAACUACCAAACUUCAAACAACUGCAGUACAACGAAAUGCAUAAAGAUGACGUUUAUUGGGAGACCCCAGACGGACAUCAUCACGAGAACUAAUCAUAGAGAGAUUGAGAUUAGAUUGACCGAAAUCUUUUCACAAUAUUUCCACAAUCACUACAGCUUAACUCAGUCACACCUAUAAUGUAUAAUAUCUCUACUAAUGUAUGCAUAUAUUAUUGUCUAUUAGUGUUUAUGAAAAUAAAUUGACCUGCGAAAUGUUUAUUUUUUCACUUUACAAGC